AUGGUAAAUGGUAGGAGGAAGAGAUUGCAGGUCAAAAGGAUGAAAAAGCAAGAUGGAAGUUGGAUUGAGGGGGAAGACGCUCUAGCUGAGAAAGCAACCCAAUUUUAUCAUCAUCAGUUUACACAGGAGGAUAUCUCUUCAGAUUUCUCAUUGCUGCAACAUGUUCCUAAUAUGGUUACUCAGGAGAAAAAUCAUAUCCUUACCAGCAUGCCAACUCUAGAAGAUGUUAAGACGGCAAUUUUUGAUCUGUCAGGAGAUAGCUCAGGUGGUCCAGAUGGUAUAAUUGGAGCAUUUUAUCAAGUAUGCUGGGAUAUUGUGGGGGCUGAUGUGUAUAAUGUAGUGAAAGUCUUCUUUGAAGGACAGACUUUGCCAAAGUUCAUAACUCAUACAAAUCUGAAUAAGCUUGAAAAUGUUUUGCCUUCUUUGGUAUCUGCUAAUCAGUCUGGUUUUGUAAAGGGAAGAUGUAUAAUUGAGAAUGUACUGUUAACUCAAGAGGUGGUAUCAGAUAUAAGACUUAGGGGAAAACCAGCUAAUGUGGUGCUUAAACUGGAUAUGGCUAAGGCCUAUGAUAGAGUGUCCUGGGAUUUUUUUGGCAAGAGUUUUGAGGAAAAUGGGAUUUGCAGAAAAGUGUUGUCUAGAGCAUUGAACUCUUUAUUUGAGGACAAUGGCUUUAGAAGCUAUGAAAUGCCUAAAUGGAGUGCUAAUUUGAAUCAUCUUGCUUAUGCAGAUGAUGCUAUUAUAUUCUCAUCUACAGAUGAUACUUCAUUGCAGCUGAUCAUGGGAAUAUUACAGGAGUAUGAGCAGAUGUCAGGGCAGCUUAUCAACAAAGGAAAAAGUUCCUUCUACAUGCAUAGUAAAGUUGCAAAUGUGAUAGUACAAUAG